GAAAAGGAAAUGUUAUAAAUUCGAAAAGCACCGUUGGCAGUGAAAGAAUUUAAAUAAGAUUGCACCACCUGAUUUUGUUUUAUACUGUCAUUAGUAAUUAAUAGAAAUGGAUUAGCAACCAUGUUGGACUUCUGUCGCUUUCAGUUUUCACACAGUCCUCUCUUUUCCACCGUCCCUCCGCUCCCCUGUUGCAGAAGAGCCAGCAGGUAUAGUAUACUGUAAGCCUGUGUUGGGGCCAGAGAUGGGGAAGUAUCCAUCAUCCACUGAUUCGAAUGGUGGGAUGGGGAAUUCAAACAAUGAUAUCAUCAAGCACAGCAGGAAAUGCAGAGAUUUGGUGUUUCUUGUCAUAUUCAUCGCCUUUUGGAUUGCAAUGAUUGUUAACUCCAGCUUUGCUUUCAACCAAGGAAACCCAUUGAGACUAAACUAUGGGCUGGACUAUAAAGGGAAUGUUUGUGGUGAAAGACAUGGUGAUCAGGAUCUGCGUAAAUUGGAAAUUAGAUACUGGUUGAAUACCAAUCAGGUUUACCAAAGUGGUGCAAAGGACAGCAAAUUCGAGCUCUCCAAUGCUCGGAGUAUUUGCUUGAUGGACUGUCCCAUCCCAUCCGAAGACUCCCUCAAUUGGGUCUGUGAUUAUCCAGAAGGAGAUAUCCGUAUAUCAUUGGAUGAUUGGACUGAUAGAAAUUAUGAUUAUUUUGCGGACCUGACCCCUGAACUCAGGAACACUUCUCUUCAGCUGCAGGGUCCUUGCUAUCCUGUUAUAUUUCCUAGUGUCAAUGUUUACUGGACCUGCCAGUUCAUUGCACGAGCAUCAAAUGUAUCUUUGAACCACUGGGAGCAGAUGGGCGGAGUGAAAGUUAUAGAGGAUAUCGCAAUUGACCGAUCUAUCCACAAAUCAGUUAGCUCUAGGUCAUCAGUACUAAAGAGAUAUGUGGCCGAUGUUGGGAAAGCUUGGCCGGUACUGCUUGUUUGUGGAGGAUUUCUGCCACUGUUCCUAUCAAUCAUAUGGCUUUUAAUGAUCCGUCAUUUCGCUGCUGGGAUGCCAUGGUUCACUGUAUUUUCUUUCAAUGUCCUCAUGGUAUCCGUGACAAUGUUUUACUAUAUGAAAGCUGGAUGGAUUGGAAAUGACGCCAUCUCUCCAAUCAUUGGUGAGCACGACCCGUAUUAUCACGUGUCAGCAAGGGAGUUGAAUCAUCUCCAUGUAGCUGCUGUUUUCAUGACCAUUUUGAUGAUUGUCGCGUUUCUCUCUUCCAUCGCUAUAGUCCGCCGUAUUCUCAUGGCAACAUCUGUCUUAAAGGUUGCUGCUAAGGUCAUUGGAGAAGUUCGGGUGUUAAUAAUUUUCCCAAUUAUACCGUAUACCAUGCUAGCUGUUUUCGUUAUGUUCUGGUUGUCAGCUGCCCUUCAUCUUUUUAGUUCCGGAAGUGUACUACAAAACGACUGCGGUGCUAACUGCUGCGCUUACAGUCUCAAAGAAAAGAGGCUGAGCUGUAAUAGUUGCUGUGGCUAUAGCAUUCAUUACACUUCCCAUAUUGCUGCUGCAAUCCUUUUCCACCUAUUUGGUGGCUAUUGGGCCACCCAAUUCUUUCUAGCAUGCUCGUCAACUGUGGUUGCUGGUUCAGUCGCUUCAUAUUAUUGGACUCGAAGAGAAACUUCGCCUGAGCUCCCCUUUCUUCCUGUUUUUUCUUCGAUGAAGAGGCUUGCUCGAUAUAGCCUAGGAUCAGUUGCUCUUGGUUCUCUAAUUGUGUCUUCUGUUGAAUCAACACGGUUCAUACUUGAAGCUCUUCGUCGUAAGCUUAAGCAUGUUGAUUCCAUGCCUGGAAGCUGGAUGAGGAAGGUGAUGUAUCAAACUUCGCAAGGCUGUGUGAGGCUUAUCGGAUGCAUCAUCAAGUCUGUGAACCAUAAUGCUUACAUUAUGAUUGCAAUAACAGGGAAAGGUUUUGUGAAAGCUUCUGAGAUGGCAACAGAGUUGAUAAUGAGCAACAUUCUUCGGAUUGGGAAAGUGAACGUGAUAGGGGACGUGAUUCUCUUCCUUGGGAAGCUCUGCGUGAGCCUUUCCAGCGCGCUUUUCGCUUUUCUAAUGCUGGACACACACAAAUACAAAUCUGCACACAACAAGAUCACAUCCCCUCUGUUUCCUGUACUGGUUUGCUGGGGGUUCGGUUACAUAGUGGCGACUCUGUUCUUCGGAGUGGUGGAGAUGUCUAUCGACACGAUGAUCCUUUCGUUCUGUCAGGACUCGGACGAACACCAAGGAACUGCUCAGUAUGCUCCUCCUUUGCUUAUCGAGACUCUCAACUGCCAAGAUGAGAUGCAAAGAUUGACACAAUGAGCAUUUUUGGUUCGGUGCUUGUUUUCUGUUUCUUAUUAGCUUAAAUUAAACCACUUUUGCUUAUCCUCUCA